AAACCUAUAACCUCGGGAGGCAGAUCUCUCCUCUCAUUGCAGUCGCAUACCUUCAAGGGAGCGGACUAGGAUCAGGACCAGGACCAGACCAGCCUGUCAGCUCCAGCCACUCAGGGCGUCUGUGUGCCUCAGUCACUGGGACCCUCGAGAACUCUCCUCACUCACGAGUCACCAGAAAAGUCAAGAUGCUGGUGUUACUGGCGAGUAUCUUCGUGGUCCACACUGCCACUCUUAUCAUGCUGUUUGUUUCCACCAUUUCCAAUGUCUGGGUGGUUUCAGAUUCCAUCCAGUCAUCUGUAGGUCUUUGGAAGAACUGCUCCAACAGUAACUGUGAUGUGGGUUUGUCAUAUGGCAAUGAAGAUGCCCUCAAGGCUGUGCAGGCCUUCAUGAUUCUCUCCAUCAUCUUCUCCGUCAUCUCCCUUGUGGUCUUCCUGUUCCAGCUCUUCACCAUGGAAAAGGGAAACCGCUUCUUCCUGUCAGGAGCCACCAUGCUGGUGUGCUGGCUGUGCAUUCUGAUCGGAGUGUCCAUCUAUACCCACCACUAUGCCAACAGAGAUGACAACUUUGUAAAUAACGGCCAUCACGGCUAUUGCUUCAUCCUGACCUGGAUCUGUUUCUGCUUCAGCCUCAUCAUUGGCGUCCUCUAUCUGGUCCUGAGAAAGAAAUAAAGCUGAACA